CAUUCAGCAUUCAACAAGUAAACGCGCUUGAAAUAUUUUGUUUCUCUGAAGUAAUUUUGCUGGGAGACAGCUCAAUUCGAAUUCUCAGAGAACACCGACGGAAAAAUCAUGGCAGAGGAACCGAAAAACGUGGCUGAUAAGAACGAAAAUAACGCUGAGAAUAACGCCGAAAAUAACGCCGAAAAUAACGUCGAAAAUAACGCUGAAAAUAACGCCGAAAAUAACGCCGAAAAUAACGCCCAAGAGCAGGUGGAAAAUCCAGAACAACCAGCGGUUGGAGUUCCUAAUAAUGGAGCUAACAAUGGAAACGGCCCGCCACGCGAAGAACCAAUUGACUUUAAUAGCAUGAGUGAGCGAGAUCAAGUAGCAAUUCUGAUGUUCAACGAGAUUUUCGACACAGUGUUGCAGCCGAGUGAUGUUGAGGUGUUCUGUUCGGAUUUGGUAGCCGAUUACGGGCCUACCAUCAAUUGCGCUACGCCUGAUUGCCAGUGCAACAUGUAAGAAGAAAAUAGGAAAAGAAGUAGUAGCAGAUUAUCUUAUCCUAUGGCUUCAUAUAUUUUAAGUUCAGCAAUGAAUAAUGCGAGAUAGAUUUAUUAAUUGUUUUGUUUUUUGGUUAAUUGUCUAAAAAUAUUUUGGAUUUAUAGUUACACAGAUGUUUAUUGGUAUUAGAGCAUCGCUGUUUUUAAUUUAGCUUGCGUUACGUACUUAUAAUCAAUAAGGGUUUUUGCUGGUAUUUAUUUACAAGAAUUAAUGUCGUUAGUGCUGAUCACUCCUCGCAAGUUCUCGUCCUAGUCAACAAAAAAAUUGUUAAGACUUUAGAGUCAGUAGUCAGUUAGACAGUUAGUCUUGUACGCUUCUGUAAAAGAAUAUACGUAACCAUUAUAUAAAACCAUUUUGGAGCAGUGUAGAGGAGCCGACUAAAUAUUUCUACCUUCUCUGGCAGAAGAGGUCUGUCACCAGCUGUGAGAUACUAAGAAGCUUAGCUUUUUUGCAUAAUUAUGAAUCAAAUUGAUAUUUUAUUUAACAUUGUGUAACUGCAUAAAAGCAUUUAAAAUAAAUUGUGUUAGACUACGUAAUAUAACUUGCUAAUAGACUUUAGAGACAUUAUUGGUAUUUUGUUUGCAAUUUAUUCUUUCCUCGUCCUUAUAUUAUUUUUACUAGAUUUCUAAUUUACUGUAAAUUUUCUG